AUGUCUUACGAAUCAAUAAAUAAUUUUUAUUCAAAUCCUAAUGCUCGAACUCAACAAAUGAUGAUGAAUGCAAUUAGAGGUUCAUCUAAUUAUAAUGUACCAACGUCGCAGCCUCCAAUGACAAAUCAAUAUCAGUCGUAUCAAUCCCAUUCUUCUCAUCAAACAUUUUCACCUUAUGAAAGAUAUGAACCACGUUCAAGUGGUUAUUACGCACCAAAUAUUGGUACUUAUGAACACCAGCAGUCGCCGAUAGGACCAACUUCUUAUGGCGAAAAUCAAAUUCAGUCAUCAUCAUAUUUAUCGAAAGAUAGUAAUACAUCUUCAUCAAUAAAUGAUUUAAAUACAAGAACAAGAACGAAUGACCACCAGAGUAGUAAUCCGAUCAUGCCAACAAAACAAACACCUCAAGGUGAUUUAUUUUAUUUUAAAAAGAAAGCUAUUUAUUCUUCUUAA